AUGGCUGACCAAAAUGUCCGCAAUGCUGGUUUCACUUCCUCUGGUAUCACAAGAGGAUCACUUGCUUCAUCGAUGAUGUCCCAGGAAGCAAGAGCAUCUGGGGGAGGUGUCCAUUCUGGAGGCCCUACUGCAGCUCUCCAAGAAAUGGGUGCCAGAGGCUCGACCCAUUCAUCAGGUUUUACCAGCAGCGGGAUCUCUGGUGGAUCCAAGGCUUCCCAGAUGAUGUCCCAGGAGGCCAGAUCUCACGGAGGUGGAACUCCCAGGGGUGGUACAACUGCCACCGUCCAGUCCAUCUCAAUGGGUGGCAAAGGAGGAAGACGCUGA